AUGGGCUUCACCGGACUCGCCCGCUGGCUGAAUGCACCUGCCAGUGGCCAACAACUAGUUUGGGAGAAUCUUGUACUUAAUCACGGCGCCAUUCCUCGGGGCAAAUGGCACAUCUCCCUGAAAUCAUAUCGUUCAAUGCUAGGCCAAACACCGGGGUAUCAAGUUCCGGUCGAACGCACCAUGUAUGCACUUACGAUGGAAGAGAAUGUCUUCAUUCUACUUGAAGAUCCUGCUGCUCCUAGCAGAGCAGAUGUUCUGGCUGCUGCUCCCCCUGGCAAGGAUGCGCUGUUCCUACAAGGCCCUUCUCACUUUAGGAACACCUUCCUGACGCUCAAGCCUCCUGGGGCGUUAGAACAAUUGCUGGCCCAAAUCAAAGCUCGUUGGAUCUCCCAGCUAAUAAUUGAAGGCCAAGUGUUCUCCAUUGGUACAGAUUGGAUUGUGCGAAUUGGAACUGUCACUCUAGCUGGAGGUGCAAUCAAAGGCAUGCUUUUGGAGGCGGAAUAUCUUCCUCUACCAGCCCUCCAUUCCUCUGUCGCUGACGGAACGUCGGAGCUCCUCUCAAAUCUGUUGACCUCUAUAUUGCCCAACAUCCCGGAUGCGAAGACGGUGGCAGUGACAAUCAGCGAUGCACAAUGGGAAGAUGUGUUGUGGGAUCGUGAAGAAGAAGUAAAGAGCCUGUUGCAACCAGUCGACGAGAGGGUGCAGGAUGAUAAUCCUUAUGCUUGGGAUAACGACGAUGUAAAGGAAUGGAAGCGAGGCGAUUGGACUGGUGUCGAUCGAGAUCAACGAUCUGCCUACCUGAUCAUGGGUGCACUACGUUCUGAGGGCCUGCUGUAG